AAUCUUCUGUACUCUCCACAACAAUGCGAUCGCUAUAUCGAAGCCUGCAACCCAUCUGCGUGCCGCUGUUGCACCCGAAGCAUACGACACGGAUAGCUUCGACGCCAUUGCCGCCAUGGACGCGCUCCUUCCACGCGUCUGCUACUUGCAGAGCGGUUGACCUUGUGUACACACUCCACGAUGAACACGGCAAAGCAAAGGGUGCGCCCAUACUCAUUCUUCACGGGCUGUUCGGCACUAAGAAGAACAACCGUAGUGUAAGCAAUGCGCUGGCCCGCAAGCUGUCUAGGCCCGUCUACGCUAUCGAUCUUCGUAACCACGGCGAGUCACCCCACGAUAAGGAGCACAAUUACACCGUCCUCGCCGAAGAUGUCGAAGCAUUCCUACAGAAGCACAAUCUCAAAGAUGCUACCCUCAUCGGCCACUCGAUGGGUGCGAAAACCGUCAUGGCAGUCGCCCUCCGCAACCCCGACUCCUGCGCGAACAUCAUCCCCGUAGACAACGCACCGGUCGACGCAGCCCUCGCGUCCGACUUUCCCAAAUACGUAGAAGGCAUGCGCAAAGUGGAAGCUGCCAAGCCGAUGAACCAGAAACAGGCGGACGAGAUCCUGCAACCGUAUGUGGAGGAGCUCCCCGUGCGACAGUUCCUAUUGACAAACUUGGUACGGGAGCCAGGUCAGCCACUGCGGUGGAGGAUACCGGUGAAGACUCUGGCGUAUGCGCUGGACGACAUGGCGGACUUUCCGUUCAACAACCCGGAUGAGGCGCGGUUUGGCAAGCGGGCUUUGUUCAUUAGGGGCACCAAGAGCCAUUAUGUGAGCGACGAGACGCUGCCGAUUAUUGGGCGAUUCUUCCCCAGGUUCGAGCUUGUCGAUGUGGACAGUGGGCAUUGGGUCAUCAGCGAGAAGCCGGAGGAGUUUAUCAAUGCUGUCGCGAACUUCUUGCAGGAGCCGGAUGAGUAGUAUGGACUCUAGUAAUAUGUAUGACUAUCCAGGCAUCAAAUGAGGCCAGUGUAUCAGAUGGUAGACUAUAAGCAAAGGACAUAGAGGAUCUCAAGACGCGAAGCGACACCACU